GUAUCUGAGCCCCGUGCAGCAAAGCUCCUAAAGACACACCUCUAAUUUGCUUUUUCUUCUCCGCCCCCACCGGAGCAGCUCUUGACAGCAUCAUGGAUGACAUACGUCCAGACCAUCCAGCCACAGCUCUGGAGGACGGAUGCAGCUGGUGGGCCCUUACAACACUUCUCCAGGCCCCAGCUCCCCCAGAGACAGGAGCAGCAGCACUUCCCGUCCCUGGAUGACAAGCCUCAGUUCCCGGGGGCCUCGGCGGAGUUCAUAGACAAGCUAGAAUUCAUCCAGCCCAAUGUCAUCUCUGGGAUCCCCGUCUACCGCGUCAUGGACCGGCAGGGCCAGAUCAUCAACCCCAGCGAGGAUCCCCACCUGCCCCAGGAGAAGGUGCUCAAGCUGUACAGGAGCAUGACUCUGCUCAACACCAUGGACCGCAUCCUCUACGAGUCCCAGCGCCAGGGCCGGAUCUCCUUCUACAUGACCAACUAUGGCGAGGAGGGGACGCAUGUGGGGAGCGCAGCGGCGCUAGACAACACGGAUCUGGUGUUUGGCCAGUACCGGGAGGCAGGUGUGCUCAUGUACCGGGACUACCCCCUGGAGCUGUUCAUGGCCCAGUGCUACGGCAACGUGAGCGACCUGGGCAAGGGUCGCCAGAUGCCCGUGCACUACGGCUGCAGGGAGCGCCACUUCGUCACCAUCUCGUCUCCACUGGCCACGCAGAUCCCGCAGGCGGUGGGGGCGGCCUAUGCGGCCAAGCGGGCCAACGCCAACAGGGUUGUCAUCUGCUACUUUGGGGAAGGGGCCGCCAGUGAGGGGGACGCACACGCCGGCUUCAACUUUGCUGCUACCCUCGAGUGCCCAAUCAUCUUCUUCUGCCGGAACAAUGGCUAUGCCAUCUCCACGCCCACCUCAGAGCAGUACCGCGGGGAUGGCAUUGCUGCCCGAGGCCCGGGCUAUGGCAUCCUGUCCAUCCGUGUGGACGGCAAUGAUGUGUUUGCUGUGUACAACGCCACCAAGGAGGCCCGGCGGCGGGCUGUGGCUGAGAACCAGCCCUUCCUCAUCGAGGCCAUGACCUACAGGAUCGGGCACCACAGCACUAGUGAUGACAGCUCGGCCUACCGCUCGGUAGAUGAGGUCAACUACUGGGACAAGCAGGACCACCCCAUCUCCCGGCUGCGCCACUACCUGCAGAGCCGGGGCUGGUGGGAUGACGAACAGGAGAAGGCCUGGAGGAAGCAGUCCCGCAAGAAGGUGAUGGAGGCCUUCGAGCAGGCGGAGCGGAAGCCAAAGCCCAGCCCCAGCCUGCUCUUCUCCGACGUGUACCAGGAGAUGCCCGCCCAGCUCCGCAAGCAGCAGGAGGCCCUGGCCCGGCACCUCCAGACCUACGGGGAGCACUACCCUCUGGACCACUUUGAGAAGUGAGGCCUGCUCAUCCCCGACCCCCACCUCAACCACCCCGAGGGGCAGCCCCACUCAGGGGCCCAGGGAGCAGUGGGGCACCACCCUCCCGCAGUCUGCUCCCUCCACACUACUGGGGCCAGGGCUCCAGCCCCCAUCCCCACUCCUCCAGGCUGUUACCUGGUGGGGCUUGGUCAACCCCUCCUCGCCUGUUACAGUGCCUUCUCCCAGGGAGCUGGGCCGGGGCGCCUCCAGGACUAGAAGCCCCUCUGGGUGGGCGUGGUGGGUCAGCCUGUGAAGUCACUCCCUCAGUGAGAAGGGGUCAGCAGGUGGCCAAUAAACUCUCUUGGCUUGUA